CAGCCGGUAUGACAGAAAAGGUGAUGAUAGAAGAAAUGACGACAGAUCCAAGCGAGAUCGCUAUAUGGAAGAAAGGUCAGACAGGCAAGACCGAGACAAAGGUGAGCCCCCAGGCAGGGCAGAAUAUGACAGGCGAAGAGGGGGGUCACCGGACAGAAGACAGGACAUGUCCCAGGACAGAAAAGGAGAGAACUCUAGGGAUCGCAGGAGGGAGACAUCACCGGACAGGCAGCAAGCGGGGUCAUAUGAUCAGCAGAGGGCGGAGUCAAAAGAGAAGUUCCGGGAGGAGGGAGACAGAAGAAAGGAGGAGGGGGGUGAUAGAAAGAGGGACAGGUCGAUGGAUACAAAAAGGGAGGAGAGACGAGAAGGGGGAGGAGAAGAGUAGAGGGACAAGUGCUCCAGACGGAAAGAGGGGUCAGUUGAGAAGCCAGCUGAGGGCUCACCUGAUAAGCUGAGGGAGAGGUCACAUGACAAGAAGUGGGAGGAGUCACCUGAGAGGCCAGCAGGAGAUAAGGAGGGUGAUCGACGGAGGGGGGAAGGAGAGGAGAGGGGGAGGAGAGAAGCCGAGAAUCAGGGGAGAGAUAAAACAUCAAGGGAGAGAAGAGAUCCUACACCGACUAAAAAGAAAGAUAAGAAAACUAAGAAGUCUCACAAGGAAAAGUCGAAAGAGGAGGAAAAAACGGAGGAUAACAGAGAGAGGAAAGAGAAGGCAGAACCAAGGAAGGAAAGCAGAAAACGGGGCUAUGAUGACAACAAGGAUCGGUCAGUUUCACCCUCACCAAAGACGAGGGAAGCUGCUGUAUCCCCCACGCCGUCCACAAAGAGGGUCAGGGAGGUGUCUCCCACAGAGUCUCACCGCAGCAAGAGGGAGGUCUCCCCCGCUCUGUCUCACAGGAGUAAGGCUAGCAUUGUUCCUGCAGAGAAGCCACCCACUAAAGAGGAGGUGGAGGAGGAAGAUAAAAGAGGCCGAGAAUGGCCCAGGGGGAGUGAAAAGUCAGACAGGAGGGGGAGAGAGAGACACGCCUCUAGUCCAUUCUCUGUGGAGGAAGACAGAAGGUCAAGAGUGUCCAAAAGGUCAAGGUCACCUGAGGGCAGAGAUGAGAAAGACAGAGACAGGAGGAAGAAAAGGAAAACAAAUCGAGAUGAUGACAGAAGACAAGGUGACAAAAACCGAGAGGAAGAUCGCAAAUCAGUUGGCAAGCAAUCUCAGGGCAGUCAUCUAGAUAACAAGCUCAGCGAUUGGUCAGAAGAUUCAGAGGACCUCCCUAAAACUGGUCUGGGGGAGGUGACCGAGAAAGAGAAAGAACAGGUUGCGUCAGCUCUACCAGAACACCUCCAGCCGCGGCGACCCAGAAGUCACAGCCGCAGCAGUCUAGGCAGCCACCGAGAUAACCGCAGCAGACGAUCGUCAGUGGAUCGCAGCAGACGGGACGUAGACCGCUCACCUGAAAUUCGGACGUCAAGUAGACAAAGCAGUCGGGAGAGGUCAAGUAGAGCUAGAACUAGCUCAGUUGAAACUCGAGAAAAAGAGAGAAGCAAAAGUGAGACCUCCGAGAGUAAACCCGAGCUACAGUCUAAAGAGGAGGAAAAACAAACUAAAGAUGAGGAUGAGGAUUCUGAUGAUAACCUGUCAUUGGAGGAGAUUUCCAGUGAGGAAGGCAGCGUGAUUGGAGAAGAGGAGAAGAAACCAAGUAUUAUGGACAUGGUUGACAUUGACUGGACCAGUCUGGUUCAAUCCUCUCAACCUAAACCAGCCAGUACCGGUUCAGCUUUACAGCGGUUCAGGGCACCGGCCAUCUUCGCCAAGCUGGGAGUUUCCCGGGAGUUUGCUGGAGACAAAUUGUUCCAAAAGAUCCAAAAUUCUUGUCAGCAAGAAUUAGAGAAACAAGAGAGGAAAACUCUGAAGGGUCACAGGGUCAAGAGGUUAAACCCUCAGAGCCGGUUAAGUUCAAGUUAGAGGAUUCCCUGAGAAAAGUCCAGACUGGCUCGGCUUCACUGACCUCUAAGUCUAACAUCCUACGUAACAUUGGUAACUUCAGGAGGGCACUGUGUGCCAGGAAGGACCUGGAAAUCCGACGCAAACUCUGCAAAGUG